UUUUUACUUUCUAAAAGUACAUAGAUGAUAGAUCGACUGUAUUUUGAUUUCUUUAGAAAAGCGACUUUCAUUACAUCUUCUUUUGGUAUUCGUCGGAUAAAUAAAAUACAUCAAACACGACCGACAAUUGUCCACCUUCCUUUUGCCACUCCGCGUCAAAUUUUUUUCUCUCUUGAAUAAACAAAUAUUCCCAGAAUAAAUAUAAAGUUAAGUCACACACAAAAUCAAAAUUAAGGGCUCUAACCAAGAUCCAUACACACCAUUUUCCUGUACGGAAACAGAUAUAGAUGAAUACAUAUAUGCAGCAGAAGGUUAUAUUUAGGAAAAAUUGAAAUGUUACCUGAAAGAAGGGGAGGGCUGCUUGGUUCAGAUUCGAAUAAAGUUGUUGAUCAUACUAGUGAUCAUGGAUUACGAGCUGUUCGGCGUACCAGGCGUUCUGGACCGUGGCGAUUAUGGUUUUGGUUAUUCUCAUUUGCUGCUCUUUUCUCAAUCUGUAUCGCUGUUUUCGGAUUUAAGAUGUUUAUUCAUGGUGUAGAAGAGCCUCAUAGCAGCAUUUCAUCAGUUCCAAUUGUACAUGAUGUGUCAAAUAUACAUGAAGUGCCAAAUAUACAUGAAGUACCAAUUGUACAUGAUGUGCCAGUAGAAUCAGAUACAAAAAAAAAGCCUCAUAGGGCACGUUUUUACCCUUGCAAGGUUGAAUUAAGGGACUCGGAGGAUGGACUCCUUCCGCCCUCAUCUUUUUCGAAUUUUAUAAACUUUUCAACAAACUAUGUUGAGAAGGAGGACAUACUUUCCCAUGAAAAUCCAAUCAUUCCCAGAUUUGGAGGGCAUCAGACCCUUGAAGAAAGAGAACAAUCCUUCCAUGCGGUUAAUCAAACAAUUCACUGUGGCUUUGUAGAAGGAUUGGAAGGGUCUACAAGCACUGGGUUUGAUUUGGACAAGGAAGACAAAUUGUAUAUGAAUACUUGUACUGUUGUUGUAUCAUCCUGUAUAUUUGGAAGCUCAGACUUUUUGCGCAGGCCAACUAGCAAAUUGAUUAGCCAAUACUCAAAGAAGAACGUUUGUUUCAUAAUGUUUGUAGACAAGGAAACACUUGUUAAGCUAUCAAAGGAGGGAAGUAUUCCUGAUGAGAGAGGGUUUAUUGGGUUAUGGAGGAUAGUUGUUGUAAGCAACCUACCAUAUGAGGACAUGCGGAAAACUGGAAAAGUGCCAAAGUUUUUGUCACAUCGCCUCUUCCCAGCAGCUAGGUAUUCCAUUUGGCUUGAUAGCAAGUUGAGGCUAAAUGCUGACCCAAUGAGGCUCAUUGAAUACUUUCUUUGGCGAAAGAGAUCAGAAUAUGCCAUUUCCAACCAUUAUACUCGUCACUGUGUCUGGGAUGAAGUACAACAAAAUAAACGUUUAAAUAAAUACAAUCACACAGCAAUCGAUGAACAAUUUCUGUUUUACCAAGCUGACGGUCUCCCUAAGUUUGAUUCUUCAGAUCCUAAUAAACCACUUCCAAGUUAUGUACCUGAAGGUUCCUUUAUUGUCAGAGCACAUACGCCUAUGUCAAAUUUAUUUUCAUGCCUUUGGUUCAAUGAAGUUGAUCGUUUUACUUCACGUGAUCAAUUGAGCUUUGGAUAUACUUUCUUGAAGUUGAAGAGAACGAACCUGGAUAAACCGCUGAUGCUACAUAUGUUUAAGGAUUGUGAGCGCAGAGCUGUUACAAAGCUAUUUCAUCAUAGAAACCCUGAAUGAUGGCCACUUUUAUUGGUGUUUCUUGCUUUGUGCUCUGCAACGCACCAUGUUCAAGUCGGCUGGUUCUAUGUACCUAACAAAUUAUGAAAGACUUGGUUUAAGGCUUCAAAUUUUCAAGCAUUUCUUGUAUGCCCAAUGCACAGACGGAACUGGUGAUAUAUGGAUCAUUUUUCUCCAGAAGAUACCUUAGUAAAUGGAGACCCCAGUUUAGGCUUUAUUUUGUGCUUUAGAUCUAGCGACCAUAGUAAAUGCAAACCCGCAUAAGAUAUAGGAUUCAUGCCAUAGUCACUUAGGUUUUGUUGUGAAGUAGUUGAGGACCAUUAUGAAGCGCAAGCUGAAGAUGGAAGUACAGACGGUGAAAGAAUAUUAUCAGAAAUUUUGUAAUUGUAGAAUGUUGUAUGAUUAGACAGUGUUUUUAUUGAGAAUACAAUGUAAUUCAGAUUCGUUGAUAUAUUAUUUAGUUCUUGAGUGCU